CUUGGCAACACUGUGUAAACCGUCACCAACGCUAACUGACAGUGACUAAAAAUCCUAACCUUAAGAAACCUUUAUCAUCAAACUUCAACCAAUCAUCUGGUGGCUAUAAAACGUCGAAUAAACAAACAACAAAAUCGACUGUAUUUACCAAUGCAUUUGGAAAUAUAAAAACACUUAUAUCCAUAAAUUUGAACUCGUUUAAAUAUUUUAGUUAAAUGCAGGCAAGCAUGUCAGCAAUUAUAGUGUGCGAGGUAGAAAUUCAGUGACAAAAUGUAUGCCUGGGGAAGUACAAUAAAUGGAGAACUAGGGUUGGGGGGUAUCGAAGACGAACACAUUUUGACGCCCCGAACCCUAGAAUGGCAUCUGGCUGGGACUGUAAUUGAAGCUGCUUUAGGUGACAAUCAUACUCUCUUUUUAACAAAGGAAGGAAAAGUUUACUCUUGUGGUAACAAUGAUUAUGGUCAGCUGGGUCAUGACCAGCCAAGGAAAAGGCCACAGCCGGUGUCGAACCUGGAGGCGCACACCAUCGUGCACAUAGCGUGCGGGGCCACGCACUCAAUGGCCUUGAACCGGUGGGGUCAGGUGCUCACCUGGGGCUCGGACUACCACGGCCAGCUGGGACAGCAGAUCGGCGAGAACAUCCAGCCCGCCCCCAGGAUCAUCAAGAGCCUCGCCAAACACGUUGUCUUGCAGAUAGCGUGCGGACAGAGGCAUUCGGUGGCCCUUAGCAAUAACGGGGAUAUAUUAACAUGGGGCGCCAAUAAUUUCGGCCAGCUGGGCCAAGGUGCGAUAUCGCCGCUGGUGACGAUCCCCACUGCGGUGGCGACUCUGCAGGGAGUUCCGAUUUCGUUCAUCACCUGCGGCGGGAAUCACACGCUGGUCAUUUCCAAGUCGGGCGCCGUUUUCGGUUGGGGCAAAAACACGAAAGGCCAGCUGGGCAUAAACGAUGUGGAAAACAAGAAGUUUCCGCAGCAGCUGAGGACCUUGAGGAACAUAAGGGUCAGGUUUAUCGCUUGCGGGGAGGAGUUCUCGAUGUUCUUGACGUCGGAUGGAGGAGUUUUCACUUGCGGCUCGGGGAUGUACGGGCAACUGGGGCAUGGGACCAAAACCAACGAAAUACUGCCCAGACAAGUGGUCGAGCUGAUGGGGUCCGUGAUAACGCAGGUGUGCUGCGGCAGGCAGCACAGCCUGGCGCUGGUGCCGUCGCGCGGCCGCGUCUACAGCUUCGGCAUCGGCGGCGCGGGGCAGCUCGGGCUGCGCAAGCCCUCGAGCGCGCUCACGCCGCAGGUGGUCCUCGGGCCGUGGGUGUCGCCGGGCGGCGCGCCCGUCGUGCCCGACGCGAGCGCGAGCAGCGUGGUGGUGCACAGGAUCUUCACGGGCGGCGACCACUGCUUCGUCACCGUCACGCCGCACGACGAGAACGUCGCGCCGUACGACUGCCGAGGGAUUUUGGAGAACGAACAGAUUUUAACCUUAAACUAUUCUUCAAUAAAAGAAAUGCUGGACAUUCCAAAUGACAAACCGGUCGAUCAAGAUAUUCUAACUUAUUUGGAAAUUGUGUUCAGAAGUCAAAAUUGUUUAAACGCCUCAUUUUUACUUUCAAACGACAAGCAUUAUUACUGCACCAGCAAACAUCAUGGCGUCGACAUGGACCUAGCCCAAAAGACAUUUGAUGUAAUAGCUAGAAUAGAAAAUGAGAGCAUUAAAGACUUGAUAUUUUGUCAAAUCACGGAACUUUUAAACCAACUGAGCCCGUCUCCGCCCGACGUGGAAAGCCUUAGACUCUACCUCACCUUGCCAUUGUACCACGAGUUCAAUAACCCCAAAAAUCACUCUAUCCUGCAAAAACCGUUCGCGAACGCCUUACUUAAGUUGAAACCGCCGGCAACUAGGGUGGUGGGAACCUGGUGGCUGAUGAUGAGCGACGACUAUUUCGAGAAGCUGGUUAACAUUUUCAAAACCGUCGCCAUGUUCAUACUGCAUUCGCAAGACAUACCCGAAGGAAAGACAGCGUUUUACGACCCAAGCCUUGUAACAAUGUUGGAUAUUUUGGCAUUUUUAAACAGACUAAACCAUUCUGUGGACAACCAUAAAGUUCCGUGCGAGGCUUUUCAUUUGAACGAGCUAGCGGAUGUUUUGGAUGUGCGGGUCGACUAUAUAAUGUGGCUCAAUGAUCAGGGGACAGGGAAGCUGUACCUGUGCAACUACCCGUUCCUGUUCGACGCGCAGGCCAAGACCCUGCUCCUCGAGACCGACCAGUCCAUCCAGAUGCACCGCGCGAUGGAGAACGCCGCGCAGCAGGCCGUGCUCGCCAUGCUGUUCUCGCCGGCGGCCGUGCACUCGAUCACGCAGUUCCUCGUGCUGAACGUGAGCAGGGAGCACAUAGUGCGCGACGCGCUCAACGAGCUGCGCGGCGUCGAACCGGGCGACUUCAAGAAGCCGCUGAAGGUCAAGUUUCACGGCGAGGAGGCGGAGGACGCGGGCGGCGUCAAGAAGGAGUUCUUCAUGCUGCUGCUGCGCGACAUUUUGGACCCGAAGUACGGCAUGUUCAAGGAGUACGCGGAGACGAGGGCGAUCUGGUUUUCGGAGAACUCUUUCGAGGACGCCGGAGUUUUUUUUCUGAUCGGAAUGAUAUGCGGUCUGGCCAUCUACAACUUCAUCAUCAUCGACAUUCCGUUCCCGCUGGCCCUCUACAAAAAACUGCUCGAAGAACCGAUCGGAUUGGCCGAUUUGAAGGGCUUAUCUCCCACCAUGGCCGACUCGCUCAAUCAGCUGCUCGAGUACGACAAGCCGGACUUUGCCGAAGUGUUCGAUUUGACGUUCGAGAUCGGUCGGGAAAUUUUCGGCGAAACGGUUACCAUCCCGCUCAAACCUAACGGAGCGAAUAUCCCUGUAACCUUGGACAACAAAAAAGAGUACGUGGAUCUGUAUGUGGACUUUAUUUUCAACGAGAGCGUAAAGGAGCCUUACAAGGCGUUUCAUGAAGGCUUUAUGAAGGUUUGCGGGGGGCGCGUUUUGCAACUUUUCCACUCCCAAGAGCUGAUGGCUGUGGUGGUUGGAAACGAAAAUUACGAUUGGCAUGCCCUGGAAGAAGUGGCGGAAUAUAAAAAUGGCUACACUUCGUCUGAUCAGACAAUACGUUGGUUUUGGGAGGUGAUACACGAUAUGUCUCUGCCAGACAAAAAGAAAUUCCUACUUUAUUUAACAGGCAGUGACCGGAUACCUAUACAAGGCAUGAAAGCUAUUAAGAUUAUUAUUCAGCCAACAAACGACGAAAAAUUCUUGCCGGUGGCUCACACGUGUUUCAAUCUUCUCGAUUUGCCCAAAUACAAUACCAAAGAACGUUUGAAAUACAAACUCAUGCAGGCCAUUCAACAGACUGAAGGUUUUUCUUUGGUUUAACCAUUUAUUAUUUACAUACGCAUUCUUGCAGAUCUUAUUUAAAAGAUGUUAAAAACAAUCACAUAGCAUAUUUUAAUAUACUUUACUGAGAAGUCACUGUGUAUUUUUGGGUUUAAUAUUAUUGGGAGAUGGAAUUAUUUAUACCAACUCUAAUACAGGAUCAGGGAUAGUUUCACUCAUUUUUAAAACAUUUAUUAACAAUAUAAAAUUUAAAAAGUAGAGUGAAUUGCACGGUAUAAAUAAUUUAAUACCGCAAAAUAUUAUGUUGAUUUAUUUAAUUAUUAAUUGUUGUCAAUUAUUAGAGAAAUUGUCUGCAAAAAAUGUCAUAUAUUAAAAAAAAAUGUUAAAUGUUCUUUGUACAAUAUGUAAAUGUAAAUACCAGAUUGUUAUUUUUUGGCACUUAUUAAAAAUAAAUUGUUAAGUAUUAAUAUAUUUAUUUAUUUUUGAACAUUAAUAUUUUACAUACAUGUACUAUUGCGGCCGAAAAAAAUUAACCGUUUUAUGGUUUUUACCAGUGACGUAUCCAUGGAGCCUACACAAGGAGUACAAAUUCAAAAGCAAAAAUUUAUAAUAACCCUUAUCCUACCAAAAAGUAUGCCAAUGAUCGACUAGGAACUUUUGGCUAAUCUGGUUGCCUAAUUUAAUUUAUUAUGAUGUGGUUGGUAACAACCAGCGUUUCCAGAUUCUGUCAAAAAAAGUUGCCAGA